UGUAGUCUAAUGUCAAAUGUGUAAUGUCUAUUCAAUUUCAUAAUUCAUAGUUUUAAGAUUUGUUUUUGUAUUAAUAAUUAAAGUAAAAUUGUCAUCUCUUUAUAACUUCCUUUAAAAUGUCUGAAUAAAUUAAUGCAAUACCAAAGUUCCUCUUAUCGCACACAGUCGUAUCUGACGUUGAUAGCUAUAUAUAUUUGAAGUAAUAACAGUUUAAAUCUAUCUAACCUGCUAAAUUAUUACCAUGAACAACGAAGAAAGUAUUAUAUUAGCUAACCGGCAGCAUGGAAAAUACUUUAUGCGAUUUUUAAAUGUUUUACCAGCGUCUCUUUCAUCUCAUGAUACCACUAGGGUAACCAUAGCAUACUUUGCCGUGUCUGGACUAGAUGUGUUAGGCUCCAUUUCUACUAUGUCUCUUGAACUUCAAAAUAGGAUUAUACAGUGGAUAUAUCGACUUCAAGUGCAUCCAGAUAAAGACACGGGUGACAUGUCUGCCUGUGGGUUCCAAGGAUCUUCAACUGUGAACAUAGAUUUCAACUCAAGGAAUAAGUUGUAUAGAUGUGGCCAUUUAGCGAUGACUUAUACCGGCCUCUGUAUUCUACUGGCGUUAGGUGAUGAUCUUUCGAGAGUUAAUAGAAAAGCAAUUAUUGAAGGUGUAAAAGCGUUACAAACUGAAGAGGGUAAUUUUGCUGCAACUUUAUCGGGCUGCGAGUCAGACAUGCGCUUCGUGUACUGCGCAGCGUGUAUUAGCUACAUACUGAACGAUUGGUCCGGGUUCAAUAUUAAAAGGGCUACGGAUUAUAUUCUUAAGUCUAUAGGGUACGACUACGGAAUUGCACAAUGCCCGGAAUUGGAGUCACACGGCGGGACAACAUUCUGUGCUUUGGCAACCCUGAGUCUAACGAACCAACUAGACCAAUUAUCAGAGGCCCAAAUCGAGGGUCUUAAAAGAUGGCUUCUUUUAAGGCAAAUAGACGGUUUUCAAGGGAGACCUAAUAAACCGGUUGACACCUGCUACAGUUUUUGGGUUGGGGCGUCCCUAAAAAUUUUGAACGCAUUGCAUUUAUCGGACUAUGCGAAUAAUCGUAGUUAUGUGUAUGAAACUCAAGACAUUGUUGUUGGGGGAUUUUCAAAAUGGCCGGACACGUGUACGGACCCGAUGCACACGUAUUUGGGCUUGGCCGGACUGAGUCUUAUUGGUGAGAGUGGUUUGAUUGAAAUUGUACCUACGUUGAAUAUAAGUAAAAGGGCGCACGAGCAUUUAAAGAAAUUGCAUGAACAGUGGGCAAGUUCAUAGUUUUAAUAAUAUGUAUUUUAGACUGGUUAGGAGAUUUUUGACGGGUUAAUGUAUUUAUUUAGAAUCGUCACGUUAUCAUCGCGAAUUAGAAGAUGGUCUGUGCGGAAAUUAUCUGAGAUCUGUGGUCGCAGCAAUGCUAUAUUACCAUGAAAUAGUCGUCGUUAUAGUGUGACAGUAAUCAUUUUGAAACAAAAUUUAAUGAUGCGUAGCGAAAAGAACUAUUUAGUUAGUAAAUAAUUAUAAUUCGUUCGAAUAGCUGCCACACUGGUUGUCUUUCCGCACAGACUAGUAAUAUUUGAUUUAAAUAUUUUAAUAUGGCAACAUUAACAAUCGUACUACGAAUAACAAUACGAUAGGAAUGUAAAAUAUCCAUUAAACGUUAUCAUCAGCUCUGGGUUUUAUAAAGUAACAAACUCGAGUCUUCGAAGAAUGUUUACGAGCCGAAUAAUUUUUUUCAUAUAAAUAUUUUAGAGGAAAUAUUUUUUUACACUUUACACGGUAGUUUAAUUUUAUACGGGAUACUUAGGAUUUUGUAAUUACAAUCUAAUCCCACAACUGACGGUUUAAAUCUAGUCGGUAUGUCAGAUUUUGCGCGUGUCCAAGACGUGUCUCUGGUAGACAAUAGAUUUUGACAUUUAUUUUUAUCACAUAAUAUCUUAAAUAUUAUGUCGUUCAUGUUGGUAUAGCACAUAGCUACAAUACGCCAUAUAAUUAAAAAAAUACUUUGGAUAUUUUUUCAAAAUAUUUAAGACAACGUUUUUGCAGAUUGCUUUUAUAUUAUUGUCAUUCUGAACGUGAUUUGUGCGAUGCUGUCGAUCUCCUAACCAAUGUAAAAAUCCCGGUGCUGCCAUAAAAUAUCAGUGUUGUCAGUCCACAAUAAAAUUUUGCCUACACGCUCGAUUAAUUGUUGACUCAUGUUAUAUUUUGCAAUUGUUAGUACUUAAAGAGUUUAGAUAUUAGCUAGGUGCUAAAUUAUAUCGUAGAUAUGCGAACAACGAUUUUUUUUCGACUUUCAGAGAUUCAUUUUCUUGAGAUAGUUUAAGUCGUGCCAUAUGUGACGGGCAUUUUAAGGAAGUAUUUAUAAAUUGCACAAAUUUUAGUGUAAA